AUUAAGGUCAAUAACAAUGCGUAAUUGCGUAUACAAUUCGUUUAAGCUUGAAGGAGGUUAAUGCGAUUAUUAUUUCUUUAUUCCGAAUAAAAGAGGGAAAAGAAAGAAAAAGCAAACUAAGGGACCGUCGGCGUGACAUGCCAUCGCGGUGCCGGGAAGAUCAUUUUGUAUUGCCGUACACCGUUUUCUCUCCCUCGCUGAAUACGCAGCUCAGUAAAAUAUCUUCAUACAAAGGUUACAUUAUCCCAGUAUGGACGCACAACUGCCCUGAGAUCUGCAGAUUGGUGGAGCUAGCGAUGUGAUUAAAGUGUUUGAUCGAGUGUAAUUUAUCGAGAAGAUGGCGUGGUUUAGUAACAGAGUCUCUCUCGGGAGCUUGGAUCUCGCCGGCGCCGUGAACAAACUAAGUGAGGGCGUUAAGAAUAUUGAGAAAAACUUCGAUAGCGCUCUAGGCCUGGAGGAUAAAUCUGAUGCCAGUAGCAGCGAAGCAUCAGUGUUAUGGCCAUCAGCAUCAGGGUUAUGGCCAUCAGCCUUUAUGGGACAUAAAGGUGGUGAAGAAACUGAAUCUAUAGAAGAAGCUGACUCCUCAAAGUCCAUCGCUGUUGAUGUGGAAACAGCCAUUGAUGAUUCUGUUGGAUCGGAAAGUGAUAAACAUGCUGACCCUAUUGAAAGCAAUGAUGCAGAAACAAGAAGUAUUGAAAUGGCUACAUCUGGUAAAGAAGAUAAUGGUCUGGCAAGAAAAGCUGAUUUGGAGCAAGAGUAUUCUUCUGAAGAAGCAGGCAGUGCUUAUCUGAAACAAGAGCCAGUUACGUCUACCGUAGAAGUAAGAGACGAAGAUGCAAAAUCGGAGCCAACUAUAUCCAAUAAAGAAGCUGAUGUAGACAUAAUAAAACAAGAUUCUUCUGAGGAAACAAAUCCUGUAAGUGAAGAACAAAAAAUUAUUAGUGCUCUAGUUGAAAGAGAAAAUGAACCUGAUUUGCCAACUGAAGUGCUUGAAAGCAAACCUGAACAUGCUGAAGAAGCGAGUUCUUCUAAAUUGCUGGAAAAGGAGACUUCAAAUGAAGAAUAUAUUGGAGAUAUUGCAGAGUUGGACACAAAAUCAAGUAUCAGUGCCCCUCAAGAUGAAAUUCGUACCUCAGUGCUUCAUCCAUCCCAUGAUGUUGUUAUUUCACAGGAAAACACAAAUGACACUGAAGAACGUGAGGAAGACAACGAAGAGGAAAUUUCUCCCACUGAGUUUCAGUAUGAAUCAACUAGUCAUUCUGAAAGUGGAAUACAUUCCGUUUCUGACUUGGUCAAAUCUACUCAAACUAGACCUGCCGAGGAACAACAUGAAACUAGCUUUCUUAUUGCUCAACAUGAUGAAGAAGAUUCAAGUUCACAUACUAGUGCAAUUGCUCAAGCUGUUGAGGUCAACCAGCGAGCAAUUGAUAAUGUAGUUGAUAUUGCAGAACAGUUGAGUUCUGGGAUCAACUCCACAGAUGCUGCCAAUAUGGUUGAUGAACUGGAAAAGGUCAAAAGGGAGAUGAAAAUGAUGGAAAGUGCACUAUUAGGAGCUGCUAGACAAGCACAGGCAAAGGCUGAUGAAAUCGCAAAGCUGAUGAAUGAAAAUGAGCAUCUAAAGGUUGUUAUUGAGGAUCUCAGGGGAAAGGCCAGUGAGGUAGAUAUCGAAUCCUUGAGAGAAGAGUACCAUCAAAGGGUUGCAACUCUGGAAAGAAAGGUUUACUCUCUUACCAAAGAAAGGGAUACACUACGUAGAGAGCAAAAUAAGAAGAGUGAUGCGGCUGCUCUUCUGAAGGAGAAAGAUGAAAUCAUUACUCAAGUUAUGGCUGAAGGUGAACAGCUAUCAAAAAAGCAAGCUACCCAGGAAGCUCAUAUAAGAAAAUUAAGGGCUCAGAUUAGAGAGCUUGAAGAAGAGAAGAAAGGACUACAGACCAAGCUAGAGGUAGAAGAGAAUAAAGUGGAGAGUAUAAAAAGGGAUAAGGCUGCAACUGAGAAGUUGCUCCAAGAAACAAUUGAGAAACACCAAGCAGAACUUAUAACUCAAAAGGAAUACUGCACAAACGCUUGGAAUGCAGCGAGGGAAGCUGAAUCAUUAGCUGAAAAACUGGCUAAUAAUGAAGCUAGAACCGAACUUGAGGGUCGUCUAAGAGAGGCUGAGGAGCGAGAAUCUAUGAUAGUUCAGGCACUUGAAGAGUUGAGGCAAACACUAAGCAGAAAAGAGCAGCAGGCAGCUUUUAUGGAAGAUAUGCUGCGCAAAGACAUCGAUGAUCUUCAGAAAAGAUAUCAAGCGAGUGAGCGUAGAUGUGAGGAGUUGAUAACUCAGGUUCCUGAAUCUACCAGACCUCUUCUCAGGCAGAUUGAAGCCAUGCAGGAAACAAAUGCCAGAAAGGCUGAAGCUUGGGCUGCUGUAGAGAAAUCUUUAAGUUCAAGGCUUCAGGAGGCUGAAGCCAAAGCUGCAGGUGCAGAGGAGAAGGAGCGAUCUAUUAAUGAGCGCCUAUCACAAACUUUAUCUCGGAUUAAUGUGCUUGAAGCUCAGAUAUCUUGCCUUAGAGCUGAGCAAACACAAUUAACUAGGUCCCUAGAGAAGGAGAGACAGAGAGCAGCAGAACACAGGCAGGAAUAUCUCGCUUUGAAGGAGGAAGCUGACACUAAUGAAGGCCGUGUAAAGCAGCUUGAAAAUGAAAUUAAGGAACUCAGACGGAAACACAAGCAGGAACUGCAAGAAGCAUUGGCACACCAAGAACUCCUGCAGCAUGAUUUAGAACGGGAGAAAGCCAUUCGUUUGGAUCACGAAAGGGCGGCUCGUGUUCAAUCUUCUGGAGUGCCUGAUCAAAACCCAAUAGCAAGGCAAAAGUCUGGAUUUGAAAAUGGAAAUUUGGCACGUAAGAUUUCAAGUGCUAGCAGUUUGAGCAGUAUGGAGGAAAGCUAUUUUCUGCAGGCAUCUUUAGACUUUUCGGAGACUUCUUCUGAUCGUAGAAAUACCGGAGAGGUUAUGAUGAGCCCAUACUACGUGAAGAGCAUGACUCCAAAUGUUUAUGAAGCUUCACUCCGCCAGAAGGAAGGCGAACUUGCUUCAUACAUGACACGAUUAGCAUCUAUGGAAGCCAUUCGGGACUCUCUUGCCGAAGAGUUAGUAAAAAUGACAGCAGAAUGUGAGAAGCUUAGAGCAGAAGCUGCAAUGCUGCCUGGAAUACGGGCUGAGCUAGAAGCACUGAGGCGGAGGCAUUCAGCAGCACUUGAGUUAAUGGGUGAGCGGGAUGAAGAGUUGGAAGAACUGCGAGCGGAUAUAGUGGACCUGAAAGAGAUGUACCGAGAACAAGUAAAUUUGCUAGUGAACAAGAUCCAAGUGCUUAGCUCCUCUCCGGGAUCUAGUUGAAGCUUUGAUUUCACUUCUGGCCUCCUUUUCUGUUCUAUAUCAGUUGAUUAAAUUGUGACGACUCCCUACUGGUCCCCUGGUUAAAGAUGUAAUCAAGUAUGGAGUAAUCCUUUUCUUUUAAAUACCUUCUAGUACAUCUAAGAGUGAUAUUUUCCUUUUUGUAUUUGUAUAGUAUAUUCUAUUUUGAGUUGUUAUUUUUUAGUACCCAGAUUGUACUAGUUUUCGUUGUUUGAUUUGGAGUGAUUGUUAAUAUAAUAACAGCGUGAGAUAAGAAUUUUUUUUUUCUCUUUUUUGGCUUCACUUGUGAGAAUACGAUAAAAUGACGUUCCCAC